CGGUGGUCCUGCUUAUCCUGCUCGUCCAUCUCGGGUCUCCCGAUAGCAUCUCCAUCACGUCGUGUCGACUGGCCUCCCUCGCCUCGCUGCUCGGACCGUCAGUCUGCGCAGGAUCUGCAGCCGCCUUCCUCGCACGCCUCUCCCUGAUACAGCCCUUCACUCACGCAUCCACACCCUCUGCUCGAUCGGGGUUGUCUGUCUCACACGAUCAACCUCCCGGAUUCACGGCUGCCCAAGAUGCAUUCCAAUCUGCAGAUCACCAGCGACGAUGUCAACUAUCUCAUCUACAGAUACCUUCUGGAAUCAGGCUUUGUCCAUUCCCGAUUUGCCUUUGAGAUCGAGUCGGCCAUCCACAAGUCAGACAUCAAGGGAUCGGAGGUCAAGUCUGGUGCUCUGAUCGAGAUCCUCCAGAAGGGCAUGCGCUACUGUGAGGUCGAGGCCCACACCAACCUCGAUGGUACCGAGAAAAAGUGCAUGGCCCCCUUCAAUCUCCUGGGCGUGCACAAAUGUGACCUCGCCGCCGACGACCUGGAGGAGCGGGACGAGCGCUCUGCCAAGCGCCAGAAGAAGCUCCAGUCCGACGACAUCUCACAGUCGUCCAAGCGUGACCGCAAGGAGGAAAAGCGCAUCCAGAAGCUGGAAAAGGAGAGAAAGUCCAAGAAGGAGCCCAGCUCCGCCUCACAGCCCGAUUCGCACUCGCUGAAAUCCUCGCAGUCAGUCGAUCGCCUCCCGGAUAAAUCCGAUGUGGAUAUGCUUGAUGCCGCUGGCGGUCCGGAUCAGCCCGACUCGCCAAAACACAGGCCCGCAAACCCGGAGCCGUCGUCCAAAUCCGAAAACUCGGCUUCUCUCGACCGCGCCGCCGAUACUGCCGAUGAAACUGGCUCGGUAGGCGAAUCAACAUUCAAGACUGGCGCUGAUGCCGAUGCCUCGGAGACCGUCUCGAAGGCUGACGCUGGCGACACCGCCAUGAUCACCCUCGAUGAGAUCACCGUGCUCAAGGGCCACGCCUCUGAGGUGUUUGCGUGCUCCUGGAACCCUGUGGAGAAGCUGCUCGCUACGGGCUCCGGCGACUCGACAGCCCGAAUCUGGACCAUUCCCGAUUCACCCUCCAGCAUCAACACCUGCAUUACACUAUUGCACGAGACCACCGUAGCCAGCGCCGAUGGAUCUGACAACAAAGACGUGACCGCUCUCGAGUGGAAUCCGGCCGGGACACAUCUGGCCACGGGCACAUACGACGGUCUAACAAGAAUCUGGACCAAGGAAGGUGUACUCGUCCAUACGAUGCACCGACACAAUGGCCCGGUUUUUGCUCUCAAGUGGAACAAGUCCGGCGACUUGCUGCUGAGCGGCAGCGUCGACAAGACAGCAGUCAUCUCGGACGCCCGAACAGGCGAGCAGCGCCAGCAGUUCGAAUUUCACUCGGCACCCACCCUCGAUGUCGAUUGGAAAGACGAUACCACCUUUGCGACGUGCUCGAGUGAUCAGCAGAUCUUUGUAUGCCAGCUCGGCUCUCUUGAACCCCUGAAGCAGUUCAGUGGCCACUCGGGCGAGGUCAACGCCGUCAAGUGGGAUCCGAUGGGACAGCAUCUAGCCUCCUGCAGCGACGACUGCACAGCAAAGAUCUGGAGUCUUGACUCGGAUGUGGCCCUCGCGACACUGGAGGGGCACGACAAGGAAAUCUAUAGCAUCACAUGGUGUCCAGUUGUGACGGAAAAGCGGAAGCUCUUGGCCACGAGCUCAUUUGACGCAACAGCUCGUGUAUGGGAUGCCAUCUCAGGGACAUGCGUCUUCCUCCUGGAACGGCACGUUGAGGCCAUCUACUCAGUGUCGUUCAGCCCCGAUGGCGAAUAUCUCGCCAGCGGAUCAUUCGAUAACAACAUGAACAUCUGGUCGAUGAAGGAUGGCUCGCUUCUCAGAACCUUCACCGGCAACGGUGGAAUCUUUGAGGUCAACUGGAAUCCCCACGGCGACCAGCUGGCCGCAUGCUUCUCGAACAACAACGUCAUCAUCGCAUACCUGCCCGACUGCCGAGACAAAUCCAAAGACGCGCACAAGAAGAAAGCGAUCGGGAAUGCUGCGUGAGCUGCUCGAUUUCCGACUUGCCAUCGGCCCGCGAAACUCCCCAUGGGCCAGUCAGGUUGCUCAGGCUUGCUGGAACGGCAGAAUCGAGACCAACUUGCCUGGUCCGGUCUGGGAGCGCUUUCACUGCCUCCCCUCCCCACAACUCCAUGUACAUACACCUGGCCUUGCCACCGCUUGCCGCCGCUUGCGUCCAUCUGCGUCCAUCUGCGUCCAUCUGCAGAAUCUGCGAGGCUUUCCGGCAACCAUCACGCUCGCGUGCGCACGAGCAAUCCAUGCGAAUAUACAACGACCCUUUUCUGGGACAUACAGGA